GGGGCGUGAACAUUCGGAACGAUAUCACACCAGCAACCUCUUAGUAUUAUGUGUGAUAUCCUAUCACUAACAAACCCUGCCCUCUUAACUGGUGAUAUAAUUACCUUAUGUAGAAAAUACAUGUAGCUAAAUCAUGAUUCUCACUCCCCUUGCCCUAUAAAGAUGUAUAUUCACCUCCUGGUUUUGAGCCACGUGGGUCCCAUCAUACCUCCUGUACCCCCACUAAAAAUAAAUUAUAUUUUGAGAUUUCUUCCAGCUUAUUUUUUAUGGUGAGUAGUUGUAAGCCUCACUUCCAACCCCCAAGCUAGAGGACCACCCCUUGUCAGCUCUCUGCAACUGCUUAUUCAGUAUAUUCGCAGCUACCCUCCAUGUCUGGAGGCCGUCUCCUCCAUCUGCCAUCUGCAACCUGAGGACAUGCCAUGAUGUGGUGACAGGGGACACACGUUCAUAUGACGUAGUGGUAAAAUGUGAUUUUUAUAGUGCACUUUUAUUUUUCAAGCCAUCUACACAUGGUUCUAUUUCUGUUAUUGGCUGAAGUUUGUAUUUCUGUAGAAAUAUUAGGAUUAUUAUAUUUUCAUUUAUGUGUGCGCUUGUGAAUGUGUGUAUGCUUCCGAAGCACCUGAAUGAGACUCUUCUUUCUGUUCUUGGAUAAUGGCUCAAACAUUAACAGUCUCCCUCUUCAAGGUGGAACUGCUAAUGGAUACAAAAAAUGUUUUCAUAUCAGCUCAUUUCAUCACCCAAGAAUGUAAAUGCAGAUUUAAAAGAUCCAUCAUUAUGACUGAAAAUUUCAGUUCAUUAUUUCUCUUUAAACUCGUAUGAUGUGAGUCUUGGUUGCAGUUUUGAAACCCAGAUUGCAGGCCACUCUGAUGUCACAUGAAUAGAACUUGUCUUUAUAUUGAUAGUCUUGUUACAGUUGGGUGAAAAGUGGUAUCUGGGAGGAGCUGGAAACACACAAGGAAGUGCUGUGUGAGAUGCAGGGUAACAAAGAUUUCUUGCCUACAAUCCAGGCAUAUUACAGAUCUGUUCAUCAGUGUGAGCUUGGAAUUGGAAAAGGCCCGCUACUGUUCGCAAUUAUGCGCGGCAAAGUUAGUGAAGGACUGGACUUUGCUGAUAACCGAGCAAGAGGAGUUAUAACUGUUGGUAUACCAUAUCCACAUCUGUAUGACGUCCAAGUGGGUCUGAAGAAGAAGUACAAUGAUGCAAACAUUAAACGUGGUCUGAAAUCUGGAGCACAGUGGUAUGAGACCCA